AUGGGGACUCACAAGUGUUUCGCAACAGACGACCAAGCUUGGAUAUUAUUCCGUGCUAUGAACGAUACCUGGACCUUGUCUGCGUACAGGAAGGCCUGCAGAAAGAUUGACUCGAACACGCACAAGGGCGACUGGAGCCAGUUCCAGGAAUAUGUUGACGGUCAACUCUUCCCUAUCAUGGAGAAGAUGACGCGCUUUAACGAAACCGAGUACAACAAAGCUCGCAGCAACGCUCCUGCAUUCGUUCAGCAUUUUUCCUGGAAUAAAUUUUGUAUCUGGUGCUAUGGGAGAUUCCUACCCAUUGUCGAACGUCUGGAUAUUGGUUUAGACACGCUUAAGGACGCCUGCUGGCGGCUUCGAGUUAGAGAGCCGACACAACACGCCCUCAACACGUGGAGAAUCCUUUCUAGACAGGCUCGGGAAGACUACGUUCCAAAACCCGCAAUUAAACGGACAGAGGCUGACGCAAUAACUACUCUGCAGAGUCUAGAGGGAAAGGGACUCAAGGAGUGGUUUAAAGUAUUUACCCUGUACGACUUAAUACUUAAGCCUAGGCUCCACAUACGUCCGGAUACCAAGUACAACUAUCGGCUGCGCAUUAACGAAUCAGAUUCUACCGAGUGGUUGGCUCCUGCUGCACAUACCGACACGGAUCCCAACCAUAGCAACCAGGACCCGGAGAUGAGAGUUUACCAGCGUUCGUGCUUUAUUCUUAAGGUGCGCGACGCGAAGGAUAGAAAGCCUGUCUUCCGAGGCUGGCAGAUUGGAUAUUUGGAAUACAGCGCGUCUGCCAAAGAGGAUGACUGGAAAGAAACCAAGGUUGUGGUGGUCCUGCGGUAUAAGCCCGACUAUACCACAGGAAAACUCUAUCUCAUCGAUGAGAAAAAGAUCCCUAAGCCUCCGCCGAAAGCACACCAGCAUGGCCGCGCUGACAUGGACCUCGAAAGUUCCCAGGCCGUUCUACCAGCAGUAAAAAUUCUCUUAGCUCUUAUUGCGGGAAAGUUGCGCCAACUUUACGGUGGCUUCAAAACAACGAUGCGUAAGGCGGGGAUGAAGGCUAAGGGCGCGGAACUCGCUGAUGUCAUGGACGAUCUUCGACUCAAGGACCGCCUUUGGGCUAGAGCUCAACAAGACUCAGACAUGGGAGCUGGGACCGAUGAGGGACUCCACCACAACCGUGUAUGCCUUGUGUCGUAUCGAGGAGAGGCGAAAGACGGCCGUAUCACACGUAGGUGGUUAGACACGGGCUCGGAUGACGAGGAUGACGAGGAGGAUGACUCGGACUCGGACUUGGAGGAUGACGAGAAGGAUUAA